UGCAAAGUGUUUUAUAACCUUAAAAUCGUAAAAUCAGAUAAUCUUAUUAUUGUUUAUAAACAAAAAUGGUACGUGACUCUUGAGUGCUCUCCAGGAUUAAGAAACAAACUGUGAUUGUCUUCACUGAAUUUACAAGAUGAAGAACGAAAUAAGAACAAGCCUGAUAUUUGUGGCGAUUUAUUUAUUUCAAGGUGCCUCUGCGGGGGUUAUGCACAGCCACACGAACGAAAUAAAUAAGGAGCGCGAAGAAGACGGCGCGUAUAGCCCCAAAGAUCACGGACACUUCGACGACAGCGGCGAGCAUCACAGCGAGUUCGAUCACGAGGCGAUUUUGGGAAGCCACAGGGAGGCAGAGGAGUACGAUCAUUUGCCCCCUGACGAAUCUAAGGCUAGGCUCAGGAUUUUGCUUGGACAGAUGGACUUGACCAAGGAUGAGACUAUUGAUAGAAGGGAGUUAAAGGCUUGGAUACUUCGAUCAUUUAGAAAAUUAUCUGAGGAAGAGGCUAGUGAUAGACUAGAAGAUGCAGACGAAAAUGGCGAUAGCAUUAUUUCGUGGCAGGAAUACUUAUCCGAUACUUAUGGCAUUGACAAAUCUGAAGAAGCCAUCCAGUUCGACGGUGAUAACGAUCAUUUAAUCGAGGACGACAAGGCACUUUGGAAAGCAGCGGAUGCGGAUGGUGAUGGUAGCUUAAGUAAAAACGAGUGGUUAUCCUUCUCGCACCCAGAGGAACACCCUGCGAUGUUGCCGGUGAUUUUGAAGCAGACUUUAAGGGAUAAAGAUAAGGAUGGGGAUGAGGCUGUAAGUUUUCAGGAAUUUGUCGGGGAGAGGGCCCAGGAGCACGACAAAGAAUGGCUGGUAUUGGAGAAGGAAAAGUUUGAUAGGGAGUUGGAUAAAAAUGCUGAUGGCAGACUGACAGGCAACGAAAUAUUGUCUUGGGUGGUUCCUAGUAACGAUGAAAUAGCUGAUGAAGAGGUGGACCACCUUUUUGUUUCUAGUGAUGACGAUCAUGACGAUUUACUGAGUUUCGAGGAGAUUUUAGAGCACUACGAGGUUUUUGUUGGCAGCGAAGCUACCGAUUACGGCGACCAUUUACAUAAUAUUCAUAAUUUUAAGGAUGAGUUGUAGAAAAAAAUUUUGUAUAUCUUUUUUAGCCAAAGUAGAUAAUUUUUAUUGUCAGUAGUGUAAAAUGAAUGAUGUGAAAAAUGACACAUGACAAAUGUAAAAAAACAUGUUAAAAUUGAACAAAGCAAAAAUAUGACAGAUGACAAAUGUUAGAAGUCAAAAAUGACAUAUGACAAAUGUUAGUAAUUAAAAAUGACAGAUGGCAAAUAUCAGCAGUCAAAAAUUACAAACGUCAAUA